GGGCGGGGCCGGCGGCUCCUCUUAAACUCCGCGCAUCCUCCGCGUCUUCAUCCUCCUUCUGCUCCUCACCAUCCUCACCAUCCUCACAGUCACCGCCCCCACCAUCCCCACAGCGGCGGUGUCCGGGGUAGCGUCCGGAUCGCGCAGCUCUGAAGGAUUCCAGUCUCGUGAGCCACAGUACUCGUUCUCCUGAAGAAAGUCCAGUUUCCUGUGCCACCACCUCCACCAAAAACCAUGGAGAAGUUUGUCUCAGAAAGGCCUGUUCCUCUGUCUAAGAAUGAAAUCCUUACUCUUCCUUCCCAGAAGAAGCCAGAUACGAACUCAUGCCCUCAUGCACCUGCCAAAUAUUUUGUCUCUGGUGGGGUGGACUCCGAGAACUGCAAGGCCAAUGAGAAGGAAGAGCAGUGGAUCCGCCCUGAUACACCCAGCAAAUGCACCUGGAAGCUUGGGAAACCCCUCUCUGCCUCCCCCCAUCACCAUGCCACCCUGCCAGAGCCUCCGAAGAUCCUGCCAAACAUCCUGAAUAAAGUUGGCAACACGCCUUUGGUGCGGAUCAACAAGAUUGGGAAGCACUUUGGGCUCAAGUGUGAACUCUUGGCCAAGUGUGAGUACUUCAACGCCGGGGGCAGCGUGAAGGACCGCAUCAGCCUCAGGAUGGUGGAGGAUGCUGAGAAGGCUGGGAUCCUGAAGCCUGGGGACACCAUCAUAGAGCCAACCUCUGGGAACACAGGGAUCGGGCUGGCCUUGGCGGCGGCAGUGAAGGGUUACCGCUGCAUCAUCGUCAUGCCAGAGAAGAUGAGCAUGGAGAAGGUGGAUGUCCUGAGAGCUCUGGGUGCUGAGAUUGUGAGGACCCCAACUACUGCCAGAUUUGAUUCUCCUGAAUCUCACGUAGGAGUGGCCUGGAGGCUGAAGAACGAAAUCCCCAACGCACACAUCCUAGACCAGUACCGCAAUGCCAGCAACCCCCUGACGCACUAUGACACCACAGCUGAGGAGAUCCUGCAGCAGUGUGAUGGAAAGGUGGACAUGGUGGUGGCCGCGGCUGGCACAGGAGGUACCAUCACUGGCAUCUCCAGGAAGCUGAAGGAGAAGUGUCCAGGAUGCAAAAUUAUAGGUGUGGAUCCUGAAGGCUCCAUCCUCGCUGAACCAGAAGAACUGAACAAGACUGACAAGACAAUGUAUGAAGUGGAAGGAAUUGGAUAUGAUUUUGUCCCCACAGUGUUGGAUAGAUCUACUGUGGACCAGUGGUACAAGAGCAAUGAUGAGGAGUCGUUUGCUUUAGCACGGAUGCUGAUCCGCGAGGAGGGACUGCUGUGUGGUGGCAGCUCGGGCAGUGCCAUGUCUGUAGCUGUGAAGGCAGCCAAGGAGCUGAAGGAGGGUCAGCGCUGCGUUGUCAUCUUACCUGACUCCAUCAGGAACUACAUGUCCAAGUUCUUGAGUGACAAAUGGAUGAUUCAGAAAGGGUUCAUGAAAGAAGAAGACCUUGGCAACAAACCUUGGUGGUGGAACAUCAGUAUUCAGGAGCUGAGCCUCUCUGCCCCCCUGACCGUGCUUCCAACUGUUACCUGUGCAAAGACUGUGGAAAUCCUCCGGGAGAAGGGAUUCGACCAGGUACCAGUUGUUGAUGAAUCUGGGGUGAUUCUGGGCAUGGUUACCCUGGGUAACAUGCUUUCCUCACUGCUUGUUGGAAAAGUUAAGCCUUCUGAUGAAGUCAGAAAAGUAAUCUACAAGCAAUUCCAACAGACAGACAAUCCAGCAUCGUGGGGAAAUGUGAUUAACCUGAAAGACAACUUGGGGAAACUCUCUCCCAUCCUGGAAAUAGACCACUUUGCUCUGGUGGUUCAUGAACAGAUUCAAUAUCACACGGAUGGCUCCUCCAGCAAGCGGCAGAUGGUGUUUGGCAUCGUGACAGCCAUCGACCUCCUGAACUUUGUAACCGCACGGGAGCGGGAGAGGAAAUCCAACUAAAGCCAAGCAGCAACGUGGAGCCUCUUCAACAUUUUGCAAUCUCCAACAAAGAAUCAGGUUUAUGUCCUAAGUAGAAUGUGGGUUUUUUUGUUGGGUUUUUGUUGGUUUUUUUUUUAAUUCUGAAAAUAAGCAGUUAGCUAUCCUGGUGUCAGCUAUCCAGCCAGUGUGUCCUGCUGUAUUGCACAGCUUCUGGGACUUGUUUCUUAAUCAGGUUAAGCAAUAUUUCUUAUCAAGACAAUUUAUUUUUUUACCUAUAUAUAUAUAUAUGUAUGUGUAAAAAAUAUUGCUUAAAUUAACUGGUGUGUUCCUUAUUUCUUAUGUCUGAAGGCUGGCUUUCCAAAACAUUGUUUCAGAUUCAUAAAAUGUCUUGAAAUAAAGAGUUACUGAAGCAGAGGCCCAAGAUAGCUCUGGAAAGUUCUGGAUGGUUUUUUUUUCUCCCCAUUCAAGGGUGUUAAGUUAGAUAUUACCUGUGUGGAGACAAAAUUGGGACUGGGGCAUGGGGAGAAGAAAGCAGGGUUUCCCUUUUGGUGGCAUCAGUGUAAAACAAAGAAAAUCCUGAGGGCUGGAGCUGAGAAUCGCUCCAGCCAUCUGCUCUGAGAAAAAGCUAGUUGGAGUAGAAGCAUGGCAGUGAAGUGACAAACAUAACGCAGUGACAGUGUUUUACACAGAGCACCAGCUUUCCCUGCCAUGACAGACCUAUUUUUUUUCCCAAUCCCGUUAAGUAAGCACAAAUGGAAAGAUUUAAAAGGUAAGAUCAAGCUCCUUGCCUGAAGGUUUUUUAAAAUGAUGCUGUUUCAUCUAUUACCUUCCUCUUCCCUCCCCACCCUCUUAUUUAUCUCAAAGUGCCUUUUUUUGGUGCCUGUUUUAGAACAGCCAAAGAUAAUCUGUCAAGAGCUGUAAAUUUCAAGUCUCACUCAGGUACUCCUACCCUGUAGUUCCUUAUUCCAGGAGAAAAGCCCUGCACUGGCCACCCCUUUGGAUUAGGGUUAUUGCUGAAGGAAAGUGACCCAUCCUUACCUUACACUGUGGUUUACCAGUAAAUUCAUACACUUCUUUAAGAUUUAAGACAACUUUUCCCAAGGCUCUGGAGAAAAAACUACUAUGAAGUCUAAAAAUAUACAACUUCAAUAAUAAUAAUUGAAAGGUUCUAAAGGGUGAUUGAUUUUUUUUUUUUUUUUGGUUUUUUUUUUUUUUUAGUUUUUUUUUUUUUUUUUUUUAGUUUUUUUUCCCAUUUUGCUGUUCAGUGAUUCCUCUCUCACUGUUGCCCCUCACUGCAGGAGCAACCCCAGCUUGGGUGCUCUGAUCAGUGGAAAGGUGAACCUGUGUGAGUGCCAGAUGUGUGCACCUGUGUGUUAAAACCCUCUGUUCAAAUCCAUGGUAGCUUUUCUAGGCUGAACAGCUCUGUCCUACCUCAGCUGCUGCUUGGCAGAGCCUCAUAACUCAUCUUUCAAACUGUAUUUCUGAGCUGCCUCACAAGGUCAUAAAUGACAGCACAGUUAAGGGCAGGGUCCUUGAUCCUCAUGCUUUUGACAUCCUUGAUGCUUCUUUGUGUCAGGAGUCUGUGAAUGGUCAGUUGUACCCCUUGAGACAUCAGUAUUCCAGCUAAACUUCUAAACCCCUUUUCCAAUUACUUCAAAUACUACUGUCAGAUACUCUUCCAUAUCUUAAUUUACAGGGAAAACAGACUUCUUUCUUUGAUUUACUUAUUUUUACUACAUCCUUUGAUCCCCACACGUGCAAAAGGACCCAUGUACUUCACUAGAUGCUAUGACCUGAAGUGUUUUCUGCCCUUGUAGAUGUCACUGCUGCUAGGUUUUGGCAUUACUGCUGCCUUUGAAUAUUUACUUUACUGGCUUUUAUCUGAUUUUUACUUUUUCCCCCUUUGCCAUCUGGCCUUCACUCACAGUAGCAGGGAGGGAGGUGCUUGAGUAGCUGAGGUUUGUCCUUUUCCCCUGUGAAAGCUCAUGUCCUGACCUAACAGAAUUCAGCAGGAAAUACAAAAAUGGUAGAAGGAGGUUCCCAAAGCUGCUUUUCAGAGCAGCACAAGAGAGGAGUUAAAGGUGGGGCAGCAAAUUAGUCAGUUAUAAAGAAGUGUGAGGCUUUUAAUCUAUUUUUCUAGUACACUGUUCAUACAUUAAUUCUUGUUGUGCCAUGAAAACUAGCAGCAUUGUGGACUGAGACAUAGGGGGUGGUUAGAAAUGGUGGGGAAGAGGGGAUGGGAGUCUAAAGCAUUCCAAGUAAGCCAAAGGAUCCAAAGAAAUCACCUGCUCCCCUGUGGUUUGGGAAGAACAGGAGCAGUCUCCUAUUCUGUGCUGGCACAGGGAGGAAAAGACAGCCACCAGCCCCUCUUAUUCACAGCAACACCGUGGUGAGACCAGAGGAAUUGGGUAAACAAAUGGAGUUGCUGCACAACUGAAAAACUUUCCAGAGCUCUUUCCCGUGGCAGGGAUGCAGGCAGCAAAGAGAAGGGGACAGGGAAUCCAGAAGGGCUGAAGUUCCUCUGCAAAAGCUUCUAAGUGUGAUGCUUUCUUUGCAUGUCUGAGGAUCUCACUGCUGGUCCUGGUUAGUUGUGGUAGGGCUGAUUAAAACUGGGCUUAUCUUGUUUCAAAUUCUCUGAAGACCAAGAAAGACACUGCAGUUUGUUCAGUCUUUUACCUGAGCUCGAAGGCCAGAGCCUGAACAGAGCUGUAUUUUUUUCUCUGAAGUGGGUGCCUGCAUCUUCUGUUUACCUGUGCUGCUUAUGCAAGCGCUGACUAAACCUGAAACCUAUUUUGCACAUGGAUAUUUUUAUCAACAAUUUAUGCUGUAUUUGUCACUGUCAGCGAUUAUCAGUCCUAAUGUUAGCUCUGCAAAAAUACUUUUUAUUUUCUCACCUGAAGGCAACUAUUCAGUAAAACCUGUACAAUAUUUUGCAAGCGGUUACCAGGCAAUGACUUAAGGAUCAUUUUCACGUUGUCAUGUCCAGUGUAAUUUCCCAUUUCUUGUACAAGCUGUGGCUGACUCCAGAACUCUGGCUAGCAGGGAUUCCUCUAAGCAGCCACACCAGUCUCAUCUGCACACCAAGCUUCUUUCCGAAAACUUCUGCUUGCUCUUAUAAAUCUCACACAAGGCUCACUGUCAGGAGCUUGCUGAUACUGCCCCUGUCAUCCAACAGCUUUUCUUACUGUGUAGUGUCAACUAAGGGAAAGGGAAGCCUUCUUAUGCUUCAAGGAGCUGGGAAAAACCAACACUAUGAGCUGUAUUUAUUGCACAGAUGUUCACAAAUGUACAAUAUGAAGAGUUCAAUAAAAGCUGUUUGAUUGCA